UAGAGUCAGACCUGGUACUGCAGGGGGAUCGGCUCGGCCGCAGUCAUUAUUUUUACACGGUACGAUCUGCUCAUCAAACUAUGGGUGUAUAUUCCAACGAGGCCUCGUCAAAUACCUCGUGGUCAGAAGCAGUGUGUCCAGGCUACGUUGAUCUUAUGAUGAUCAGAGAGAGAUUGAAGAAAACCUUCAUUCCAUACUUUGAGGAGUAAAUCAAGUGAACAUAUUGAAUACCAUGUAUAGCUGCUUGGGGACGAUGCUGAAAUGUUGUGUUUUGCACCAGUUAUGCCAAAAUUCCAAGUCAUCAGCACUUGCAUCUAUUUGUAACUCCCAUAGCAGAAACAUACUCACAAAAUACUGUCAUCAUACUACUAGAAAGUUUCAUCUUGAAAUGCUGAUACAAGAUACUGAAUGUUCAAAGCCACAAUUUCCAUUUACUUGUAGGCCUAGUGUUAAAUUACCAGCUUGUAGUGUACAUGUCACACAGCAGGCUAGCAACCAAUUUUGUGCAACUUUUCCUGCCAUGCUGUGGACGAGUAGUAGACCUUUACUAAACCAUCUGACACGUAAACAUUGCAUUGUAAGACACUUAAGCUCAUCGCAUGCCACGUCAGAAGAAGAUCCACUUUCCCCAUCGAGUCACCAGUUCCAGUUUUAUUUAGAAGAAUUAUUACAAGAGUUUGACGAAAUCUCAUCUAGGUUGGGUUUGGGUAUUGGUGAUGAUAUGCAACAGAAGAAGAUUGUGAAGAGGAGACAAGAAUUGGGACCAGUAGUUGAAAAGAUUAAUGAAAUACAUGAGAAGAAAGAAGAAUUAAAUGAAGUUAAAUUAUUGCUUAAAGAUAAUGAUGCUGAAAUGAAACGCUUAGCAGAACUAGAAAAAGAGAAGUGUCUGGAUGCCUUAGAACUAUUAGAAGAUGAGCUACUGUCUAUCUUGAAACCAACUACUGAAAUCGAUGACAAUGAUGUCGUUGUUGAGCUGACAGCAGGUGUUGGAGGACAAGAAGCCAUGCUGUUCACAACCGAUAUAUUUGAUAUGUACCAGAACUAUGCAAAAUACAAAAGGUGGAAGUUCACAGAGUUGGUGUACAACACAAGCGAUUUGGGUGGUGUGAGGCAUGCCACUAUGAGCAUGCAAGGCCCAGAUGUGUACAAACUUAUGAAGUAUGAGGGCGGUGUUCAUCGUGUGCAGCGUAUCCCAAAAACGGAAAAAGCUGGACGGGUGCACACAAGUACAAUGACCGUAGCAGUGUUACCACAGCCUAAAGAGAUUGAUCUUCAGCUUGAUCCAAAAGAUCUUCGGAUUGAAACCAAGAAGGCGAGUGGCGCAGGAGGGCAGCAUGUUAAUACUACUGAUAGUGCUGUUAGAAUUCUACACAUUCCAACAGGAAUUUCUGCAGAAAGCCAGCAAGAGAGGUCGCAGCACAAGAACCGCCACAUAGCUAUGACAAUGCUCCACGCACGUAUCUACAAAAAGCAAUUGGAAGAACAGAACUCACAGGAGAGAAUGUUACGGAGCCAACAGGUUGGGACAUCAGGGCGGUCAGAGAAGAUACGUACGUACAAUUUCAACCAAGACCGUGUAACUGAUCAUAGAAUAUCAAUGAAUACUUUUGACGUUGAAGGAUUCCUUGGUGGUGGUGAACUCCUAGAUGACUUAAUUUCAAAACUUUGCUAUCAAGACGAUAUGGAUACGUUACGAAAUACGAUUGAGAAAGUAUUCAGAGACCAUCAUGAAACAUAACGCAAUUAUUUGUCUAUUAGUUACACCACCAGGCAGCUGGGUAUUUGUCACAUUAGAAUUUGAUAAAAUGAUGAGGAGAGUCCGAAGGCUCCCACGAGUCACGGGAGUUUCCCAGAAAUGAGCACAGUGUCUCGCACUCCUGCGAGCAAGCAAAUCGCCCUUCUAAAAUCUAACCAAUGUUCUGCAAUUCAUGUUUGCAUGUUUUUACUACAGUGCUGUAUUUUAAAUUGUUUCCAUAAAAUUAGCAGACCAUUGGGGGAUACACAUGCCCAGGCCUGGAAAAAAAAUGUUUGUGCCUCCGACCAAGAAAAUUGUCUCGAUAAAAUUCCUCCAGCAUCAAAUGUUAUCUUUACACUAUAGCCCAACAAUUUAUUUUUUUGAAUUUUUUCCUCACAAAAUUCCUCCAGGACAUUCAUGAUGCCUCCGACUGCCAGUCGCGCACAUUUUCCAAUCCUGCACAUGCUCGUAACUAUGCAAUAAAGAUGUUGUCCAUUAAAACUCAUUAAACCAGAUCUACCUGAAAUGGCUUUUCCCAACUUGUGACCCCUGCUAUUAAUGUAAAACCCUUUUUUGGCACGAUGACUGUUAUAAUUGUACCAUAAGAGAGUUUCUCCAUUAGGCGAGACUGUUUUUUACAUUGUUUAGCGACCUUAGUUUUUCUUACUGUCAGAGGAGGGGGAAAAAUAUAAUAAAAUGUUUUCUUAUUUAGCAAAAUGGUUUUGCACAAAGCAUCUAGAUGGAGGAGAAAAUAAAAAUUCAAUUUUAUUGAUGAAUGUAAAGAGUGUAGUAAUUGGAUAAAUAAAAAAUGUAUAUUUUAUUUGUUGAUAUUUCAAGGAGGCAGUGGACGCAAUAAAAAUAAACAAAAUAAAAUUUUAGUUUUGUUUAUGGUGGCUGUUAUGCUAACUGGCUCAAAAUAACAUUUAACUUUUAUUCAAAAUCAUUAUCGGUGGAUUUGUGAAACAAGAUAUAAAAAACAACUCGCCUUAGAUAACAAUAUGAAACAGCUCGCAUCAGAAAUGUACAAGUAAAGAAAAUAAGGUACAGUACUUGCCUUUAAUUCUUGUAAUGAUCCAAAUUACGGCAGAUAAAGUCUAAAGUAAAAUAAUUCUCAAUAAAUAUACUUGUAAACUGGGAAGCUGGUAACAAAAUAAUGGUGGAUUUUAAAAGCAGCCUACUCACAUGUACAACUGAACUGCAACUGAUUAAAACAAAGAACAACAACACACCUGUGUGGGCCAGCAACUGAAUGCAAAUGAAAUACACUGAAUAACAAUUGAAUUGAGAACUUCUAGAACUCAUAAAACUGCAAUGAUAGGCACCUUUUCCCAUUUAAAGCUACAUUUACACUAGACACGAUUAUGACACAAUAGAGAUGCGCGCAGUGUUGAAGAAUACAAACUAUGUGAUAUGUCGUCGUGUCGUAAUCGUGUCUAAUGUGAAUAUAGCUUAAUAGUAAUAAUUAUUAAAGAGCCUCUGUUAAUUGUUGAUGAGACAAGGUAAAAGUUAUGCAGUAUUACCCACCUCAGCCCCACAGUGGAUUAGACAGGUGUGUACAAUUUGAAUGAACACACUUAGGUAUGGGUGUAGACUGUGAGGGGGUGGGGGAACUGAAACCACCUUAUGCCCCUGCUUGGUGGCCAGAAAUGGUACUGUUAGAUCAUGCUUUUAUCAUAUUCAUAUUUGUCAUCUUACAAACAUGUUUGAUAUCAAUAAAUAAUGAAGUAAAGUA